AAACCUAUUCAAUGCUGGGUACCACAAGAAUUCACAAAAUCUUGGGAGGAGUACGCAGAAAACCUGUGUUGGGUCUCAAACACCUACUUUCUACUCCCAAACGAGGAAAUCCCCACAGACCAAGUGGAUUACGAAAAAGUAAAGUUCAUAGGAUACUAUCAAUGGGUUGUGAUUGUUAUGGCUGGUCAGGCCAUGCUAUCCUGGGUACCGCACUUAUUGUGGCGAGUCGGAUCUCGACGUUUGCCGCUACUGCUCAAAUCAGCUCGGGAGGCAGCCAUACCGGACAGAGAACUACGGUUAAAAGCCGUUUCAUGUUUGGUCGCGACCUUGGAAGAACAAGCAGAAUCUCAGUCUCGUUUUCGCCGAAUCAAAUCCUUGCUCAACCGAUGUUUAUGCGGAGUCACCCCAAACGCUCGAUUGACCACGUUAUUUCUUCUCGUACGAAUGUUGUUCGUGGCCAACUCGGUCGGACAAAUUUACAUGAUGAAACGCUUUACCGGUUUCAACAGCACUCUAUUCGGUAUGAAACUUUUGCAAGAUUUGUCAGCUGGAGUGGAAUGGGAACGGACGGGACACUUUCCAAGAGUCACAUAUUGUACCAUAAAAGUCCGGAAGAUGGGACAAACUAAACCAGCCAGGUGCGAAAAUAAUCACAUACCCCAAAUGAAAAAUCAGUCAACUUCUCAUGUGGAUAUUCGCUUCAGUACU